CCAUCUCUUGAAUUGUUUUGCCAUCUGGCGCUUAAAUUACAAAACUAUCCGCAAGCAAAAUUUUCUUUACAUAUAAACCCCAAAAAGCAGCAUUACCACAUUUAAUCAACCGCAGAUAACACAAAUCGCCAGGGAGAGUGAGACCAACCCUUCAUUGAAAAUAAAACGAGUUAACAAGCUGAACAAGGUUGGUGGGUGAAUACCCUUUUGGUUCAGUACAACAACUACACAAAAGUCGUUACACAUAAACGCCUUCUUCCCAAAUUAUCUUCUUUAAAGCAGAAAAAAACAAGACAGAGAAGGGGAGGAAGAAGCAGAGAAAUGGCGCAGUUGAGCAAAAUCUGCAAUGGAGCUCAGACUAAUUGUACUUUCCCCGAUCUCUUUAAUCCACAAACCCCCAAAAGUGUCUCUUCAAUUUCAUUUAGAUCACAGCUUAAGGGGUCUUCAGUUUCUUGGGGUUUAAAGCACUGCCGAAGAAAGCCUGAUUGUACAGCUGGUACCGUGAAGGUGACUCCUGUUAGAGUUUCAGCUUCAGUCGCCACAGCAGAAAAGCCUUCAACGGCACCAGAGAUAGUCUUGCAACCCAUUAACGAAAUAUCCGGUGUCGUCACGUUGCCGGGUUCCAAGUCGCUGUCCAAUCGGAUUCUCCUUCUCGCUGCUCUCUCUGAGGGCACAACUGUUGUUGACAACUUGCUGAAUAGUGAUGAUGUUCAUUACAUGCUUGGUGCACUGAGAACACUUGGCUUGCAUGUGGAAGACAAUAGUCAACUGAAACGAGCUGUUGUAGAAGGUUGUGGAGGUCAUUUUCCAGUGGGUAGAAAAUCAAAGAAUGUUGAACUUUUCCUUGGAAAUGCAGGAACAGCAAUGCGCCCAUUGACAGCUGCUGUUACUGCAGCAGGUGGAAAUUCAAGCUACAUACUUGAUGGGGUUCCACGAAUGCGAGAGAGACCAAUUGGAGAUUUGGUUGCUGGUCUUAAGCAGCUUGGAGCAGAUAUUGAAUGUUCUUCUACAAACUGUCCACCUGUUCAUGUAAAUGGAAAAGGAGGCCUUCCUGGGGGAAAGGUUAAGCUUUCUGGAUCAAUUAGUAGUCAAUACUUGACUGCUUUGCUCAUGGCAGCUCCUCUUGCUCUCGGAGAUGUAGAAAUUGAGAUUAUUGAUAAACUGAUAUCCAUUCCGUAUGUUGAGAUGACUUUGAAGCUCAUGGAACGAUAUGGAGUCACUGUCAAACACACUGGUAGCUGGGAUCGUUUCUUCAUUCGUGGAGGUCAAAAAUACAAGUCUCCUGGAAAUUCAUUUGUUGAAGGUGAUGCUUCAAGUGCCAGUUACUUCCUGGCUGGUGCAGCAAUUACUGGUGGAACGGUCACUGUUGAAGGUUGUGGGACAAGCAGUUUGCAGGGGGAUGUAAAGUUUGCUGAGGUUCUGGAGAAAAUGGGAGCUAAAGUUACCUGGACAGAGAACAGUGUUACUGUCACUGGACCACCACGCAGUUCUCCUAGUGAAAAACACUUGCGCGCUAUUGAUGUCAACAUGAAUAAAAUGCCGGAUGUUGCCAUGACGCUGGCCGUGGUUGCACUUUUCGCUGAUGGUCCUACUGCCAUUAGAGACGUGGCCAGUUGGAGAGUAAAAGAAACUGAACGGAUGGUUGCGAUUUGCACAGAGCUCAGAAAGUUGGGGGCAACAGUUGAAGAGGGACCAGAUUACUGUGUGAUCACUCCACCUGAGAAACUAAACAUUGCAGAGAUUGAUACGUAUGAUGAUCACAGAAUGGCCAUGGCGUUCUCCCUUGCUGCCUGUGGGGAUGUUCCGGUCACAAUCAAGGACCCUGGGUGCACAAGAAAAACUUUCCCAGACUACUUUGAAGUCCUUGAAAGGUUCACUAAGCAAUAAGCAUUGAGCCGCACUUCAACUUUCGUAAUUAAUACAGGAGAGAUAGGAUUUACCCACCGUGUCACUGCAACUAUUGCAAUGUGGAAGCAACCUAUAUAUAAAUUUUAUUCCCCAUUAUUUAUGCAGUGAGUUUGAAUUGUUAUCUUUGUUCCCCAGACUUGGAUCAUUUAAAGGAAAAGCUGUUGUUGGUUCUUUA